AUGCGUGCUGUACAAAUCGCUUUCUUUCUAUCGUUGAACUUGAUUUACUUCGUUCAUGGGUUCCAUUCGAACGAGAGUGUUUCGCGCCAUACUGAGGAGGGACGCGCUUUGGUAUUCCCUUCCUCCAGUGCUAUGCAGUUUACUAUAGCGACAAGUGCUGGUACACCAUUCUUCGUUCCGAGAAAACCAUAUCCUUUCCGACGUGCAGGUUUUAAUAUAGGAUUUCAGGCAAACUAUGCACUACCGUACCGGUUACAGGACUUUUACAAAUAUCCUAACUGGGCGCGAGCAAUGGUUGAUGUCAUAAAAGGACGGGUCAUGCCCACGGAAAUAGUUACCGCCAGGGCUGCUCGAAAGCGUCGUUCCAGCAGUCGGUUGAGUGGCGGAGAAAUUUAUCGAGCUCUUGACGAAACUCUACAGUACACGGGCUACGGUGCAGACUGUCUAAUCAAAAGUGUCUGCGAGUUGGCCCACAGUCCGUUUCAUGACGUCGAGAAUGAUUUGUACGCCGAAAUACUGCAGUUUAUUUUGACACCGUCUGAACAUCAAUCAUUCGAGAUGCAUGAACGUGCGAUGAAAACAAGAUACGAAACUGCCGAACGGUUGGGCAAAGAAGGUGCCGAUUGUGAUGUGUUGUACCCGAAAUGUCGAAAGUCAUUUCUUAGUGAUUUUAGUGACUUUGUUGAUGAGAAGAAAUACAAUAUAAUAUAG